AUGAAACUAACGAGUUUUUUUAUCCUCUUCUCCAUCGUUAUUAACUCGUUAAUAACACAAUCAUUUUCUAGCGUUAUAGUCACGACAAAUUAUGGCGAUGUUAUCGGUAGAAGUGGAAUAAUCAAUGGUAAGCAGGUAUCAUUCUUUCUUGGUUUACCUUAUGCUAUACCUCCAUUAGGGAAAUACCGCUUUCAAGCACCACAACCUAUUCCUCAAAGUAGUGGAAGAAUUCGACGCUACGAUGCCCGUUUAUAUAAGCCAUCCUGUAUUCAACCAACACCAAUUCCGUGGACUAAUCCAACUACAGCUCAAGCUAAUAUCCAUGAAGACUGCCUGUAUUUAAAUGUUUUUACACCAUCAUUAAAUAAGACAGAUAAAUUGCCUGUUUUUGUUUGGAUUGACGGAACAUCGUCGACAGAAGGAAGUGGUAGUCGAUGGAUGGCCACAACGUUAGCAAGUCAAGCUAAUGUAGUCGUUGUUACCUUCAAUUAUCGUUUAGGAGUUUUCGGUUUUCUAACAACAGCUGAAUUAAAAAGUCAUGGUCGUCAAAUUCCAGCUAAUAUUGCUCUACUUGAUCAACAAGUUGCUCUACGCUGGGUACAAGACAAUAUUGAUCACUUUGGUGGCAAUCCUAGAGCAGUAACAGUCGGUGGCGAUGGCUUAGGUGCUACUGCUGCUCAAUUGCAUACCCUUAUCCCAUCAAGUUAUAAUUAUAUCCAUAAUUUAAUUCUACAGAGUGGCAAUGUACGUAUGGUACAUACUAUUGAGUCUAAUAUCCAUAAAGCUCGAUCUAUCUUUCGUCUAUUUGUUGCAGAAGUUGGAUGUCUGGGUCAAAAUCAUACCGUUACUCAACAAGUAAAUUGCUUACAACGCUUAAGCACUCGGAAACUUUUCCAAGGUCAAAAAGUUUUAACCCAACAAUAUUGGCGAUUUUUUAAAUAUGUAGUCGAUGGUGUACUGAUACGAGAUCACCCAAGAAUUCUACUUGAUCAAGGCAAUUUUAAGAAAGUCAAUUUAAUCGUUGGUUAUAACUUAAAUGAUAGCGCUAAAUUGAUACAACAAUUACCACAUCAAAAUCAAGGCAUACAUCGUGAUAUCUUCCUACUCUUAAUCGAUACUUUAUUUGAUGAAUUCAAUCACGCAAUACGACGAGCAAUCAUUCAUGAAUAUACUAACUGGCAAAAUGUUUCAUCGCCAAUAUUCAAUUUACGACAAGCUGACAAAUUAAUAACCGAUAGCUUAUACGCCGCACCAACAGAGUAUAUCGCCAACAUUUAUUCUAGAGAUUCAUCUACCAGUACUUUCGUCUACUUAUAUUCCUAUCGUGGCAGCAAUCCCGAUCCAUAUUAUCCUUCACAGUUAGGCGUUAGUAAUACAAUGGAGAUACCAUAUGUUUUCGGUUAUCCCGUCGCCAAACCCAAUUACUAUGCUACCGCCUAUACUAUGACUGAUCGUCAAGUUAGCCUUGAAGUAAUGUCAUUAUGGGGCAAUUUUAUCCAUCAUGGGUAG